GGCCGGUGAGCUGAAAGAAGUGCCGAGCUCUUUUUUUUGCUGCGGGCGGGGGCCCGCGAGGGCAUGCGCCAUGACUCAUUCCGCAAGCCGCAGAAAGGCGGCGCUGCUUUGGCUCAGCACUCUCGCCUUGCCAAGCUUCCUGCCGGAUCCAUUUCACGCCAUGUCCUACGCGAAGGUGGUGAACCCUUUUGGCGUGGCUCUGUUCCAGUACCUGGCAAAGAAGGAGGUGGAGAAUGUGCUGAUCUCACCUAUGUCAAUCUCGGUCUGCUUGUCUAUGGUGGCAGCUGGUGCGACUGAGGGCUCCGGCACCCAGAAGGAGUUGAUGGGCAUGGGGGGCGGCUUGAAAGCGCUGCCGGAGGCAUCCUCCAUGCAGAUGGCCAACAGCGCGUGGGUUCGUAUGGCCAUCAAGCCGGAGUUUUUGGCGGACAUUCAGAAGACCUUUCAGGCGGACGCAUUUCCGCUGCCCUCCCCAGACCCGAUGCGCAUCAACAACUGGGUCAAGGAGAAGACUCAGGGCCUCAUCCCGUCCCUCUUCGAGGGCCCGCUGGAUCCCUUGACGGUGCUGGUGCUGGUGAACACCAUCUACUUCAAGGGCUCGUGGGCCAGCACUUUCGAUGCCGCCAAGACUACACCCGGGAAGUUCCAGUCCUUCAAGGGCAAGCUGCCCUGCGACAUGAUGUUAAAGAAGGAGAAGAACCUGAGCUAUGCAGACAUCGCAGGGUUCCAGGCUGUGCAGUUGCCGUACAGCGACAUGAACACCAUGGCCACCAUCAUCCUUCCCAAGGAGACAGGCCCGGGCGGCCUCGAGAAGCUGGUGGAGGGCUUUGACCUCGAGCAGGUCUUCCAUGCCAUGCGCCCCAUGGAGGUGGAGCUACGCAUGCCCCGGUUCAAAGUCAGCGCCGGGGGGUCUAUGAAGGAGGCCCUCGUGGCACUUGGCAUCAAGGAGACCUUUGGAGGCAGCGGAGGCUUUUUGAGGAUGUCCGAUGAUCCGGAAGUGCACCUGGACGAGGUGAUGCACAAAGCCACAGUGGAAGUGAACGAGGAAGGCACGGUGGCAGCCGCGGCCACGGGCGCGGUGAUGAUGACUCGGUGCAUGCCGCCCCCUGCGCAGCCCAUGACGGUCGACAGGCCCUUCCUCUUCGUCAUCAGUGACAAAGAAGGCGCAAUUUCCUUCAUCGGCAAGAUCGUGACGCCUGAGUUGUCCGGCAUUGAGGCGAAACUGAAGUAAACAGGCACGGGCAAGCUCCUCCAGUGAGUUUUCGGUUGAAAAUUACACAGCGAAACGCUGGAGGACUCCAGAUAGGGAGAACUCCCUGUCACUAAUCUUGAUCGCUUCUCUCAUUCUGAGGGUUUUUGUAUUACACCUCGGGAAAUGACCCA